GGAGCUUCAGGUUCAUCCUCAUCCUCGAGGGAAAACCUGAGGGCCCAGCCAAGGUCCCACAAGUUGAUGCGAGCCCCUCUGCAGGGUGAACCUGCACUCAGUGCCACCCAGGAAGCCACCAGUCAGGAGCGGGCACAGAGUCUCUGGAAGGAACUCCAGGAGACAGUGUGGCCUCCACAGUGUGAGGCAGCCAGGGAGAUGCAAACAGGUCUGCUGUAGAUGCUGGCGAUGAGACCCCCUCUUCCUAGCCAAGGCCUGCUGGAUAAGUGUGGCAUUUCCGUGGGUGACUUUAUCCCUCAGGAUCUGAGGCGUGCAGAUUUAUUGGCUGGCUUCCUUCUUACAGUUUCUCCUCAGCACACACUCAAGAGAUGCCAUCUGUCCCUCAAGAGGCUGUUGACCGAAAGAGGCUGAAGAGAGAUGUGGAGCCCACCUACAGUGGGACCAGCCUUGGGCCUGAUGAGAGCUUGGCCCAGAGCCCCCAAGUUCAUCAUUCACAAUGAUGCCUCAGAAACCCUCCCAGAGCCCCACACCCUCCAACAGAUGUCACCCUGGAGCCAGCCGUGGAAGAUGUGCAGGGUGAACACAGCGACACCGGCCCCCGGUCCCUCAGCAGGGUCAUCCUGUCAGCACUGGGGCCCAAGAACUCCUCGACUCGCUGCACUCCUACUGCUUCUGCUCCCCGGGGAAGAGGAGCACAGGUGCCGCCUGCGGGAGCAAGUGGAGAAGGACAGCGAGCUGAAGAGGGGCAGCUGCCGACAGCCAGUUUGGUGGCAGCAGUGGGAUCCAAAGGAGACGCCUGAUGGCUUCGAGGAUGAGAAACAGUCAUUGGUACCCGCAAAACCUUUGAGUUCUCCAUCUUUUUCGCUGUUUCUGAGGGCUGUGGCGUCAGCUGCAGAGCUCCAGCCAGCGGCAGAAGAAGAGCAGUGGGCAGUGGUGGAGGUAGAGCUGGCUCCAGCUCUGUUGACACCACCCCCUCUAGCACUGGAGCCAGUGUCCCCUCCACCAGCAGUGUUGGAGGUGGAGCAAGGGCCAACAUGGGCUCCAGCAGGAGUGGGAGCUGCUUAGCUGGAGUCACCUGGACCAUCAUUUCUAGUGAGAAGUCCAUCUCCACCUGUGGCUCUUAAGGAGCGUGAGAAGCUUAAUCUCACGGCCUUCCUUCCUAAGCUGGUGGUGGAGCAGUUGACCAUGAUGGAUGCGGUGAGCAGCUGGGCUUUCAGGGUGGUGUGGGGCAGGCCUUCCCUCUGCUAUCGUUGCCCCAGACCUGAUCCAGACUCCUAUGAUCUGGGCCCAA